UUCAAACUCGUUUUUCUUACUGAACAACUUGUGCACCUGCCUUAAACUCUUAAUGUACUACUGGUAGUAAUAUUUUUGUCCAAGACGGCAAGACACAUACUAUAAUCGGAUUCAUUUUGUUGUUAGUCUUAAUGUUAUGUUUUUGACAAUUGACAAUUGACAAUAUAAUUUGAGUUGUGUAUGUAUCAUGUAUGUUUCAGUUGUGCAAUCCAAUGAGUGUAAUGGAGGUGAACGAAGGUCCUAGCUCGCCUAAGCAAGGAAACGACAAGAUUGGUGAGGGUGCAGGGUUUUGUAUGUUGAGAGGAAGAAGCCUUGAAUCAGAGAAAUGUUCGAGUAUUAAUGGAGCUAUUCGUAAGACAAAAUCGUUCAACAGUCAAAUCUUAAUCAAUACAGAUGAACUUGUCAAGAAUGUCUCAAGAAGAUUUAACAGCAUUGGUUUCCCAUCUAACAACCAUUUCAAUAUUGCUUUUGCAUUUCAAAGAAUGUCCUGUCCUCACCCUCAACUUUCUGAUGGUCCUGCAGCUGAUGAAACAGGACAAGAAGAAACUGAGCAGCAGGACAUGAGUCCAGAUUCAAGCAUGCGCAGUUGGAAUAUUGAACCAAGUUUACCAAUAUGCCUAAGGUUUGAAGAUGUCAAGUUCAAGGUAACAAUGAACUCGGAAGGUGAAAAAUAUAUACUGCAUGGAGUAAGUGGGUCAGCCACUCCUGGAGAACUUCUGGCCAUGAUAGGUCCUUCAGGCGGUGGUAAAACGACUUUACUAAACCUACUUAGCGGAAGGCUUAAAUUUAACAGCGGCACCAUCACUUAUAACAACCAACCUUACUCUAAGUCACUAAAGCGCAAGAUUGGAUUUGUAAUGCAAGAUGAUGUUGCCUUCCCUCACCUUACUGUCAAGGAGACCUUGACUUAUGCUGCUUUGCUUCGUCUUCCAAACACACUCACCAAAGACCAGAAAAGAGACAGAGCCAUGGAAGUCAUUACUGACCUCGCCCUAGAAAGGUGCCAAAAUUCUAUGAUAGGAGGUGGACUUCUCAAGGGGAUAUCAGGAGGGGAAAGAAGACGGGUUUGCAUUGCAAAUGAAAUCCUUCUUAACCCUCCUCUCUUACUCUUAGAUGAACCUACAUCCAGUCUUGAUUCAGCUAGUGCACUGCGAAUUGUUCAAAUACUUCACAACAUUGCUAAGACAGGAAAAACAGUGGUGACAACAAUUCACCAGCCAUCAAGCAGACUAUUUUCCAAAUUCGACAAGCUUAUACUAAUCGGUAAAGGGAGCUCUCUAUACUUUGGAAAAGCAUCGGAAGCAAUGAUGUACUUCUCAUCGAUGGGUUGCUCACCACUUAGACCUAUGAAUCCCGCUGAGUUUCUUCUUGAUCUUGCAAAUGGAAACAUGAAUGACAAAUCCGUUCCUUUGAUUUUGGAAGACAAAUUGUCACCCACUAAUUCAACACAAACACCAUCUUCACUUGAAGUCCAUGAGUAUUUUGUGGAGGCCUGUGAAUCAAGAUCUUCUAAGAUAGGAAAGUCAAAACUGUCAAUGUCUACAAUUCAACAAAGUGAAAUGAAAUCGAGUUCAUCAAAGGAGCUGGGAGCAAGUUGGAGUGAUCAAUUUCGCAUUCUUCUAAGCAGAGGGAUUAAGGAAAGACGACACGAAUAUUUCAGUAGCGUUCGUGUCAUACAAGUUGUUUCAACUGCUAUCAUUAUGGGAUUGAUUUGGUGGCAUCCCAAUCAUUCAUCCUCUGUAGAUCUCCAAGAUCAGGCAGGGUUGCUGUUCUUCAUAUCUGUAUUUUGGGGUUUUUUCCCGUUAUUAACAGCCAUUUUCACUUUCCCACAAGAGAGAGUUAUGUUAAUAAAGGAAAGAUCUGCUGGAAUGUACAGACUCAGCGCGUAUUUUGCUGCUCGGAACAUCACUGAUCUGCCUUUGGACCUCAUAUUGCCCAUAUUUUUUAUGCUCAUUGUGUAUUUUAUGGUGGGACUGCAACCAAGUUUUGCAGCAUUUUUCCUCACUUUACUAACCGUUUUCUUAAGCAUUGUGGCUGCCCAGGGGCUAGGCCUAAGUAUUGGAGCAGCAUUCAUGGAUAUAAAGAAGGCAAUGACCUUGGGAUCAGUAAUCAUCAUGUCUUUCAUGCUCGCGGCUGGAUUUUUCAUCCAAGAUGUGCCAUCAUUCAUGUAUUGGGUGCGUUACGUGUCCUUCAACUAUCACAUAUUCCGUCUGUUGCUAAAGAUUCAACAUGGGUGUUCAAAAUCUGGUAGUUGUGAAGCUCCUGUAAUUAAAGGAGUAAGAGUAGAUUAUUCUGGGAAAGUUGAAGUUGCAGCCUUGAUAAUCAUGAUCAUUGGAUAUAGAUUCCUAGCUUACUUGUUUCUCAGAAGAAUGAAACUUAAGGCAAUAUGACUGCGAACGAUAAUAUGUACUACGUACUACGUAAUGCAUGCGUAUGGAUCAUACUGUAGUUCUGUGUUCCUUGGUUAGUAUCUUGAUUAUUGUAUGCUUAAUUAUUCUUUA